ACUAAACACGAUUCCGGAUUGUCAAGGUUCGACGAACGAAACGCUUUCCUUUGUCUGUUUACCAGCUUCGUUUGAAUCCACUGUUACACUUAUGAAUGUGAUGGCGUGAAAUGUGUGUUUAUGUCAUCGAAGAGAUAACGAAAAGCUGCUUUAACGAGUUGUUACCUAAAGCAGCCAAUUAUCUGCGAAACAUAUCUCUCAGUCAAGAGACUUCGAUGCCACUCAGUAUUUCAACGAAAAUGGAAGUCCAAAGAGCUUUUCUCUCAGCCCUGACAUUCGAAAGGCAGAAAUCAUGGAAAAAGGCUGAAACCAGUUACAGAGAGGUGUUACGCCUAAUCUACAAUAUGAAAUGGAGGAAACACUGGAAUAAAGAUAAACUAUGGCUGCUGCUGUUUGAGUGUCAUUUUCAUUGCGCAGUCGCACUACAGAACCUUCAAAACUACCAGAAGGCCAUAUGGCAGUUUAAGCGGGCCAUGGAGGUGGUCAGUUGGAGAAAGGAUGAGUGCCGGGCAGGUUGCAUCACGGGAAGGGUUCUACAUUUGCACGUCCCUACCCUGGCGAGAAUAUGCUAUUGUUACAUUCACACAGGAGAUCUCAACGAGGCACUAAGCAGAAUAGAAAAGGCGAUUUUACUGGACUUUAGAAAUCCGGAAUUAUUUUGUGUCAGAUCGGUGGUAAAUUUCCUUCUGAACCGAGAUGAAAAGGCUUUGUCAGAUGUAAGUUUUGCCAUCCAACUUGCUCCGACGCAAGUCUGCGGUUGGCUUCUCAGAGGGCUCUUCAAGAAACUAAAGAAAGAAGAAAAAGAAGCUAACGUCACAAGCGCGAAAAAACUCGAACGUGACCUUGAGAUGGCCUGUGAAAUUAAUCCAGAUGCAGUUUUGUUCAUACAAAUAAAAGAUCUGAGGACACACUUUCAAGCACUAUUUGAUCGUUUUCUUCCUUCUAUUCGUGUGUCCCACUCUCUCGCUGUUGGUGACGUCAUUGAGACAGAACUGACACCAAAAGCUAGAUCUGGAAGGGCUGAAUGGAAACAAAAUGUAGCAUCGCACUCAGGAAAUCUCUCCACGUUCAGUCGAAAGACCAUGCUUCUCCCUCCGUCUCGAACUUUUGUGUGCGGUGUGGCUAAACCUCAACAAGGGAUUAGGACGUGUCCGCCAGAAAAUGAGAGUGGACGCACGAGAAGCAAACUUGAACGUUUUUCCGCAGAGCCGAGUAUAUCACAUCAUAGAUAUUCUCUUAACAUCAGCAGGGAUCUCACACAGAGAACAGCAGACCAAACACGAAGCGCCUGUAAGCCACGUGUUCCGCACGUGACCCUCAGAGAGGUCGUUAGCGCAAAGAGUGCAUGCGUGUGUGGAAAUCAGAAGUUUAUCGGAGUGAGGCAUUUUUGCGAAAGGGGCGAGUGGGAACUUGAAGACAAUUACGAUCUUUCCAUCAUAAACGAGAGAAUGUACUCAAGGAGGUGGCUCCAGGAUAAGAUACCCACAAAAAUUCCAGACUACGCAGGUUGUCGAAAAAUUACUUAAAAAAGCUAAGAUCUCUUGUGCAUCAUCACAAGUUUACUACAAGCCCUGAAAAGCAUUUAUCACUAAUGAUAAACACGUGGGUGCAAGAACAGAUGAAAGUCAACUCCAGUGAAAAAAAAUUUUAUAAAACAAUAAUGUUUGCGGUGUUUUUUGCUUUCUCGUAGCGAUAAGGAGGGGUUUGACACUGUAUUGUUGGAAGAUGCCAUGCCCUGAUCCAAACCAUUUCCUUCAUAAACCACAACUAACGCGAAAGAUACCCUCAUUCGUAUAUUAUGAGCACAAACGCGCUACUCCUAUACAUUUUUUAAUUAGUAAGCAAAGACCAGAAAGGCCUCUCGUUUGUUAAAUAAGAAAGGAAAUGGAUCUAUGUUUCCUCGUGACUAUACAGCGGACUCACCACUGAAUAUGUACUGAUAUCAGCCUUACUAAGGCCAAUAAACUAAAACUGAAGUGCA